AGGAACCCUCCCCGAACGGCUCUGGCUGUCAAUCAUCUUUUUAAUAUUAAUAUUCACGUCCAUUUAGCCACCUUUUCCGCGCGUCGCUAACCGGUUAGCAUCCCGACCGCAUGGAUCCGUUCGUGGAGGAGAUCGCGGCUCGGACCCGCGCCAGGCAGGACGAGAUCCGGCAACGAUGCGGUUCCUCCAAGAGGCCGAGGGAACCUCUUUCAGGGAGAGAGAACGCCGCACCCGACGAGAUUCCGAAGCGGCGCUGCCUCCAGCCAAUCGGAGACGAGAACCUCGCGCCGCUACGCAUGGAGGCGGGGUCUCCCGCCGUGCCCCGCCCUCGGAGGGCGGAGCUGGAGGUGAAACCCGACACCCCCGCCAUCGCCUCCGUCAAAUCCAGGCUCAAGCAGCUGACCCAGAGAGAGGAGGGUGGGUCUGUGUUCUCGCCGUUUGACCCUGAAAGCGGCCUUAGCGCCCGCGGAGGGGAGGAAGAAGGGACCAAACCGGAACUGCACCUUAUUGGCGACCGUGAGUUCCGCUCCCGGGUGGAGCGCUUCGAGCCCGGCCCCGCCCGGCGGGACGAGGCCCCGCCCCCCUGCCCCCAGCCCCGCCCCUCCGGCCUGGCGCGGUCCAUCCGGGAGAAACUACAACACCCAGAAACCCCCAGCGCGAGCCGGGCCUGCCUCCUCCGCCAGGAGAGGGAGGAGGAGCUGCUCCGGCUGCGGGCUCAGCCAAUCAGCGACAACGCCUGGCUGAAGCGGGGCGGGUCCGACCCCGCCCCCGCCGGGGCGGAGGAUUGUGGGAAAGUGGGCGGGGCCGACGGGGAAGAACCGGGCGACCGGGAAGGGGCGGAGCCUCCGGAGCCGACCGAAACCGCGGCGACGGAGGAAGGGGCGGAGCCCGCCGGCGACGAGGGGGAGGAGCCGGAGUCAGUAUCCCAGCAUGCCCCGGGGGAGCUGGACGCCUCGGCCGUCAUCGACGGGAUCUUCGCCGGCAAAUUCGGCACGCCCCCGCUGCCGGUUACCCCUGACGACGGGACCCCGCCUCCGUUACCCAGCAUGCCUUUGUACAGCGUUGACGCUUACCGCUCCCAGCGCAAGGCUUCCCACAAUCCCCUGCGGCGCCCCGCCCCGCCGGCGACCCCCCCCGCCGCCCCCGGCGCGGCCCCGCCCGGCAACGCCAAGGAGCGAAUCGCGCGUCUGAGCGAGGAGGCGUCCCGCCUGCAGGCGGCCGCGACCCAAACCCUGCUGGCGCUGCGCUGCUGCGGGGGGAGCAGCUCCUUCCGGGGGUCCAGGGAGGAGGCGGAGGCGGAGAGGCUGCUGCUGCUAACCACCGAGAAGCGCUCCGCCCUCCUGGCCGAGCUCUCCCGCCUCCGGGGGUCGCGACCCGCGCCGGGAUUGGACCUCGGCCCCGCAAGCCCCGCCCCCGGCCCCGCCCCUGAGCCCUGCCGGGGCACCGCCUCCGUCUCCGCCCUCCGGCUCCCCCUGAAGGAGGCCUUCGUCCGGUCGUCGCGGGAACGGGCGGGCCGGCCCACCCACUACUUCUUCAUCCUGAUUCGCCACGGGGCCUGCGACAUCACCGCCACGCCCCUGGCGACCGCCGGCGACGCCCUGAGCGACAACGCCAUCUCCUUCCCCACCUCCGUCACCCUGCAGGACGUCCCGGCCAACUUCCAGAUGGACGUGGAGGUCUUCAGCCUGUCUCACGGUCCGGAAAACACCUUCAGCGGGGAGAGACGUUCCUCAAAGUCCAAGGUCACACCCAAGAAGCUCCUCAACACCCUCACGCGAUCCGGCCACGCCUCCACCCCGGCCCUCCCCCCGCCUCCCAUUGGCCGGCCGAGGACGAGCAGCUUCUCCCUGGUUGGCUCGUAUCAGGUGACGCUGGAGUCGGCCGGGCGGACCAGGUUCCCUUUGGAUAAGGUGAAGCUCGAGAGCAAAGUCCGGAAGCUCCUCGGAGACGAGUUCCAAGAAAAGGUACCCUUCCUGUCCCCUCUGGAGGGGAGUAUUUACCUCCGGCUGGAGUGUGAGGGGCUCUCCCGAACCCAGCACCAAGGCUUCCUGACCAUGUUCGAGGACGUUAGCGGCUUCGGCGCGUGGCAUCGCCGCUGGUUCUCCCUGGAUCGCGACCUGCUGUCCUACUGGAACUACCCCAACGACAAGCACUGCAAGCCACCAGAGGGAAGCGUGCUGCUGCGCGGCGGCCAGAGCGUGCAGCCGGUAGCGAGGGAGUCCUGCGCCCGGCCCUUCACGUUCGAGCUGACGGCCACCUGGAGCGGGCGGGAGGACGACGGUCGCGUCCCGGAGAAGCGCUGGUUCUCGGCCGACACCCGCGAGGAGAGGGCCGAGUGGCUGCAGAAGCUGGGCCAGGCACUGCUGGACCUCCGGACCUGGGCGGGGCCCGACCCCGCCCCCGGCCCCGCCCCCCGCGGCGACCCCUGA